ACAAAGAAAGGAGUGGGCUUUUAUGUGGCUUUUUUUGAAGUGAUAUAAACAUGUCAUGACCUGUCCUUUGUUUGUGAGGGGGCUGAUGGGGGAUGGGGUUCACAUGACUGAGGCUGAGCAGAUGUUAGGAUGACAGGAGGGCUUCCCCACGCCCCUCCAUCACAGGGCAGCUACAUUUUGCAUCCACCAGUCGUCAUGGAAACCGCGUGCAAACCAGGAAAUAAACCCAAUGUGUGGAAAAGGAACAUUUAGAGCAAAACACAUGACUGUAAUGACAUUAAUAAUCCGAGAUGCAAUGGCAGUUUCCUGGAGAAUAAUGGAGCCACAAGUACAGUUAUAUUUAUGACAAUUCAUCCUCAUCAGGGGUUCCCACCCGCAUAGAAAGCCCGUGUGCGUCUGCGCCACAGGCUGCAAUCCGCUGGCUCAUGUCAGGGCUUCAUUUUUUUAUCCAGCUGAUUCACCAAAGAAACACACCAUACCGUUGGCUAUUGGGCGGAAUCCUCCGUGCGUUUUACUCGGAGAGAGAUGUGUGGCGUUUGCUGAGAUCAUAGGCGUGGUUUUGGAUGGAGAUGCUCCGUCUGCUCCCGCUGGGAUCCCCACCUGCCGUCACACAGCGUUUGUCACCGCGCCAGCUGGUAUUUUCCUCAGCUCGAGCCACUAUAGUUUGAUUAAAUUUCAUUUUUUUGUCACAGGGGAUAGGCCUGGUGUGUUUUUUCGUCGCGGGGUGUAGUGUAAUUACAGCGCCGUGGACGUGUGGGGCGCACGGGUUUAAUCACCUCCAGAGCGUCGGCGGCGGUGGCGCACGGCGGAGAUAAACAAGAGCUGACAGCGCGACGCUUGGCCUCCAGCAGCAGCAGCAGCAGCAGGAGUGAAAAAGGAACCACAAAGGAGACCGUGAUUCAUGUGCAGGGCUGUUUGACGCGCAGGUCGUGCCCACAGCGGUUUGCAAGGAUGGAAAAUACACGCAGAAUGUCCAAAAGAUCGCCGUGGCUCAGCUUUCUUGUAGUGGCGUCUUUUUUACUUGUAGUGGACAGCAAGAGAGCCAGGCAGCCCCGCUGUCCCUCGUCAUGUACAUGUACCAAAGAUAACGCGUUGUGCGAAAGCGCAGGACUGAUCCCACGGAGCUUUCCACCCGAUGUCAUAUCACUAUCCUUCGUCAAGUCUGAAUUCACCGAAAUCCCGAAAGAGAGCUUCAUCCACACGCCUGCCCUGCACCUCCUCCUCUUCACAGCCAACAACCUGGAAUCUAUAAACGAGGACGCUUUCCUCGGUCUUCCACAUCUGGAGUAUCUGUUCAUCGAAAACAACCAAAUCAAGUCGAUCUCACCGAAUGCUUUCCGUGGACUGAAAACCUUAGUGCAUUUGAGUCUGGCCUACAACAAUCUGGAGACUCUGCCCAAAGAUUUGUUCAAGGGUCUUGAGGCCUUAACAAAAGUAGACUUGCGAGGGAAUCAGUUUACCUGUGACUGCAAGCUGAAAUGGCUGGUGGAGUGGAUUUACAGCACAAAUGCUACAGUGGAUCAGAUUUACUGUAAAGGCCCGGCCUCACAGCUGGACAAGAAGAUCAACGAUCUGGUGCCACAGUCCUUUGACUGCAUCACCACAGAGUUUGCUUCCUACCAGUCCCUAAAGUUUGAAUCCAUAUCGGUGGAGGCAUUUUCCUUUGGGAGCGACCAAUAUGUGGUGUUUGCCCAACCCUUUAUUGGGAAAUGCAGCUUUCUAGAGUGGGAUCAUGUCGAGAUGGUCUUCAGAAACUAUGACGAUAUUGACAGCACAUCCACAGUGAUUUGCAAACCUCUGGUCAUUGACAACCAGCUCUUUAUCAUCGUGGCUCAGCUGUUUGGUGGCUCACACAUCUACAAGCGUGACACCUCUGCCAACAAAUUCAUCAAGCUCCAAGGCAUCGACAUCCUCAAGAUCCGCAAACCAAACGACGUUGAGACGUUCCGCAUCGAUGGAGAAUCCUUCUUCGUCAUCGCAGACAGCUCCAAAGCCGGUUCCACCACCAUCUACAAGUGGAAUGGUAAUGGCUUCUACUCUCACCAAUCGCUCCACCCGUGGUACCGGGACACAGACGUGGAGUACAUGGAGAUCUCCUCCAAACCUCACCUUAUCCUGUCCAGCAGCUCUCAAAGGCCGGUCAUCUACCAGUGGAACAAAAGCACCAAGCUGUUUGACAGACGCACCGACAUCCCAGAGAUGGAGGACGUCUAUGCUGUGAAGCAUUUUCAGGUCAAAUCAGACCUCUACAUCUGUCUGACACGCUUCAUUGGCGACUCCAAAGUGAUGCACUGGGACGGGGCCCUCUUCAGGGAGUUGCAGACCAUGCCCUCUCGUGGCUCCAUGGUAUUCCAGCCCUUCAGUGUGGGCAGCUGGCAGUAUGCCAUCCUAGGCAGCGAUUACUCUUUCACCCAGGUGUACCGCUGGGAUGCCAAGAAGGGCGAGUUUGUCCAUUUCCAGGAGGUGAACAUCCAGGCGCCGAGGGCCUUCUCUCCAGUCUCCAUAGACAACCGGCAGUUCCUGCUGGCCUCAAGUUUCAAAGGGAAAACUCAGAUUUAUGAGCACCUGGUCAUUGAUCUGAGCAACUGAGUGAUUGUUUUCUUGACUGGUUGUUUGGUUGUUUGAGUGGAUUCUGUGUUUAGAGAUGGGUGUUGCAGCAGAUCCAAUGCUGAACAAUGAAAGGGAUUAUCAAUUGAUCCUAACUUGAGCAAGGCAGACAUUACAUUUUUUUUUUUUUUGUAAUUUUCCAUUGCAAUCAGUGCAUGAUACAUAUUAAGACAAAUGCAUGUAUUUCAACUGAAUAUAUUUGGCUGAGAUACAUGUUGGGUUCAGUGCAUGCCUCUCAAGUUAGGAUUAGAUCCAAUAUGUUGUCAAGACAUUAAUGCAUGACCAGGGCCUCACACAGGCCGUCUCAUCCAUGCAGCAUCCAUUGCUCAUUAAUCCAUUAAAUCUUGCAUCGGCCAGUAGUUUUAUUUUUGUUUUUGUGUUCAGCUUUUCAUGUGACUCAGCAAUGUUUAUACAUUUGUAAUCUCAUAUAUUUAUCUACAGAAAGUAAUAAUGAAAUGGUAUCUUUUUAACCUAUUAACACGUUUAACUGAACAAAUCUGCCAAAAUGAAAUGUUUACAAAUUUUUCUGUCUUUCCACUUGUACGCUACAAGAUUUGUAAAUGAAGCUUUUGUAAGUUUAGGAGGGACCACACCAGUUCGAUACAUAUUUGUUAAGGAGAAUGAUUUAAAAUUGUGUUUAUAAUUUGGAAAAUAUCAACAGAAAUGUUGCGUGAGGAUUGACCUGUAAAUCCUUACAUUUUUAUCGUUAAUAGUUUAUAAUGUUUAAAGUAUUGAAAAUACAGUUUUUCAUAACAUUUUGAGCUAUUAUAACUAUUUUCACAGCUUGUAAAGGAACUGAAACUGAGGAUAUUGUUCAUGCUUUACCUUUGACUAACAUGUAUGCAAAAGACAUCAAUCGUGUCAUGAUUAGGAUUAAGUUUUUGACUAAUAUCAUGCUAUUUAGAGUCAAUAAAGGUUUACAUUAUUAAAUGUUACUGGUCCUCAAACCCACACUAACACAUCUACUUCAUCGCUUAAGGGAAACUGUCAUCUUGAAGUUAGCUGUGUAAUUCACAAAUAAAAUAAAAUAACUACAAACAAAUAAAAUCCUUUUUAUUUUCUCCAACAAAGUGCACGCCUCAAUUCUACAAAGCAGCACAUUACAAUGUAAUAGAAUAAAUACAAUAAAAUCCGCUGAAUUAAAAAAAAAAA